AUGCUUCGCCUUUCACGAUUAUGGACACGUCAAAUACUUAAACUUGUGUUUGGCGUGUUGGCAUUGUUAGGCAUGCUUUUCCUUGUGGACAGGUAUUACAAUAUUUUACCUUCUGCCAUCCAGACUCGGAUCUUACUUCACCAACAGGGCCACGUUGUUGUUGAUCUUAAAGUAGAGUCUUGUUUCCUCCAGUCCAGAUGUCCUAUAACCGAUCAGGUGUGGUUCCGUGUGCCAAAGGAACUUAGCCUGAAUAAGCGCUGGAAUCGCAAAUCUUAUCUUUAUGUCAAGCGCGUUAAAGAAGAGGAAUUGACGUCUAAUAUGCCAGUGAUUUUAGACGUUGCGGUAGAUUUAAAUAUCAACAACGAAUUACCACCCCACAUCCUUAAGGAUAUUGAAAAGGAAGAAGAGAAAGAAGAAAAAAAACAAAAUAUCUCACAGCUAUCAAUAAAAGAUCAACAUGAGCUUGCAGGUUCUAAAGGCUGGACUAAAGAAAAAUUUAAUAUUUGGAUCAAACGCGGCAAGUACAACCAGUUUUCUUCAAUUACCAGUGUCGAUGUGCUUUUCGGCCAUGAUGCGCAAGACCCCAGACUUGGAUGGCAACUACGCGAAGGGUUUAUUGGCAAUGAACAAAAAUCUCUUCCUAGGCUCACAGUUCGCAUAGGCCCCAAGCAAGAGAACCCAGAAGUGGAAUUGCGUAUUCACAAGACUGGCAAGUUCAAAAUCAUUCAACUUGCUGAUUUACAUUUUUCAACUGACUACGGGGCAUGCCGCGAUUUGUUUCCAGCUAAUAAGGAUGAAAGAAAAUCAUGCAAAGCUGAUCCUCGCACUUUGGAAUUCGUUGAAAAGGUUCUUGAUCAGGAGCAACCUGAUUAUGUUGUGCUCACAGGCGACCAAAUCUAUGGAGAAUCUUCUCCAGACUCUGAGACAUCAAUUCUUAAAGUUGUUGCGCCACUGAUCCGCCGAAAAAUACCCUAUUCCAUGGUCAUGGGCAAUCACGACGACGAGGGCGGCAGCUUAUCGAGAAAAGAACUCGUAACACUUGUUUCCGACCUGCCGUACUCCUUGACACAGGUGGGCCCAGAAAAUGUUUCUGGUUAUGGUAAUUAUGUCCAGCAGGUUCUGGGCCCCCGGAGUGAAAACCCAGCCUUGACAUUUUACUUCCUUGACAGCCACUCUCGCAGCCAAAACAACAAACUAUACCCUGGAUACGCCUGGAUUGAGCAAGACCAAUUGGAUUUUGUAACACAAAGCUACAACCAUUUGAAGGAAAAGCAAGCACAGUACUCACACAUCCACAUGUCCAUGGCCUUUAUGCAUAUCCCCUUCACAGAAUAUGUUUCCAACAAGCCCAUCGUGGGCCAAGCUCGUGAGCCUGUUACAGCAUCGAAAUUUAAUCUUGGAACUCGCGAUGUUCUUGCUAACGUGGGUGUUUCAGUAGUCAGUGUCGGCCAUGACCACGUCAAUGACUAUUGCAUGUUCCAUGAUAAAACAGCAGAGGAAGGUCCUUUAAAUCAUGACACAGCUAUGUGGCUAUGCUUUGGUGGUGCAACUGGCGAAGGAGGAUAUGGCGGAUACGGUGGAUAUGAAAGAAGAGUCCGUUUAUUCGAGAUUGAUACACAGGCAGCGACAAUUUCCAGCUGGAAACUGUUGCAUGAGCACCCGGAUGCCCGAGUAGACGAGCAAGUGUUAGUUCGCGAUGGCAAAGCCGCAUUAAGCACCUGA